CACUCACUUCCGCUUCCGGCCUCCCCCCCUUCCCUCAGCGCAGCGCCGGGCCCAGCCGUGCCGGUGUCGCGGGGUCCCCGCAGCUCCCACGGGCUGUUCGACUCCCGGGUCACCUUCAUGGGCCGGCGGUAGCGAGGAGGGGCCCGGGGCCGUGCUGAGGCGUCGGCGGGGCUGGGAGGAGCGGGAUAGACGGAGAUGUUCGUGCAGGAGGAGAAGAUCUUCGCGGGGAAGGUGCUGAGGCUGCAGGUGUGCACCAUGGAGGGCAACGAGUGGCUGGAGGAGGUGCCCGAGGACACCACGGUGGAGAAGCUGAAGGAGCGAUGCCUGAAGCACUGUGUACCAGGGAGCCUGGAGGAUCCAAAAACUGUGACACAUCAUAAGUUGAUACAUGCUACUUCUGAGAAGGUGCUAACAGAUACAAAAACAGUGUUGGAGGAAAACAUUCAAGACAGAGAUGUCUUGCUCUUAAUAAAGAAACGUGCACCACCUCCGCUCCCCAAAAUGGCAGAUGUGUCUGCAGAGGAGAAAAGGAAACAAGAGCAGAAAGCUCCCGAUAAGGAUGCUAUUCUCAAAGCAACUGCAAAUCUGCCCUCUCGCAAUGCAGAUCGCACUGUGGCCCAGCACAACAUGAGGGAUUUCCAGACAGAGCUCCGGAAGAUCUUAGUUUCCCUCAUUGAAGUUGCACAGAAGUUGCUAGCACUGAACCCCGACGCAGUUGAACUAUUUAAGAAGGCAAAUGCCAUGCUGGAUGAGGAUGAGGAAGACAGAGUGGAUGAGAUAGCUCUGCGGCAACUUACAGAAAUGGGGUUUCCAGAGAGCAGAGCUGUCAAAGCCCUUCGAUUAAAUCAUAUGUCAGUGACACAGGCCAUGGAGUGGUUGAUAGAACAUGCAGAUGACCCUGCAGUGGAUGCUCCGCUGCCAGGUCAGACUCCAUCUGAAGCAGCAGCUGAAGCUGGUGCAUCCUCUGCUGAAGCAACUGCAGGUCCGAGUUCAGAAGCAGGUGGGGAAGAAGCCAAAGAUGAGCUGACUGAAAUAUUUAAGAAGAUACGAAGGAAAAGAGAGUUUCGCCCAGAUCCGCGGGCUGUCAUCGCCCUAAUGGAGAUGGGAUUUGAUGAAAAAGAAGUGGUAGAUGCACUCAGAGUAAACAACAACCAGCAAAAUGCAGCCUGCGAAUGGCUGCUGGGAGACAGAAAGCCUUCUCCAGAGGACUUAGAUAAGGGAAUUGACACAAACAGCCCUCUCUUCCAAGCCAUCUUAGAAAACCCAGUGGUACAGUUAGGGUUAACCAACCCUAAAACUCUACUAGCCUUUGAAGAUAUGCUUGAAAACCCCUUGAACAGCACUCAGUGGAUGAACGAUCCAGAAACUGGGCCUGUCAUGCUACAGAUCUCUCGAAUCUUCCAGACGCUGAAUCGCACGUAGAGGGGAAUGCCAGACCACUGUGCCACUUCCUGCUGUCCCUUGUGUCACCUUCUCAAUGGGGAGGGUGCAUGGAUUGUUUGGGGAGGGGGGGAGGGAUGCUGUCUGAGUAGGGGUCUCACACGAGAGCUUAUGUAGUUAUGGCCAGCUGAAGUUAAUUGCCUUGUGAAUUUAGUGUUAGUGGAAGAGGUUUGAAGACUUGUGUAUGUUUUCAGGUGUUAGGUUAAAAAUAAAGUAUAUCAAAAAAAUAGGAAAAGGUUUUGUGAAAACAAUUAAGAAUCUGCUCGUCAGAAAGAAAUAUGAUAUUGCUUGUUAAAAAAAGGCCCGUGACAGUAGUUUUCUAGCCAGUUUUACUAGCACCUGGCUAGUGUUUACAAAAGGUCACUGACCACUAGCAUAGGACAUUAAUCAUCUCCAUGCAGUAUUAAUUUAUGGCUAUAUCAAAUUAUGAAAUGCUUUUUAAAAUUGAUUCUUAGGAACUAUUUUUUAAAAGUCCAAAUACUGGGAGAGCGAGCACAUUUCUAUCCAGGCUUGUUCGUCUUGCAUUAUAAUUCAAAGAGAAUAAUUCAUAGAUGGAAUUCAUUUAAUAAAUAGCAUUACUUUUUCCUAUUUAUUUUCUGCGUUAGUGUUCUUCCAGUCCGAUGGUAGUUACACUUCUCAGAGGUUGUCAGCUAUGUUAGAGAUGCAGUAUCUCCUUCACGGCAGGACUUUACACCACCACUUGGAUUCUCCAGCAGGCUGCAGUUCAUAAGGUCACCCUAUGCCAUAUCUUAGUGCAGGAGGGAUAUCUUCACAUGGUGGGUUGUGAGGUUUUUUUCCAUCUUUCUGUGCACGGUUUUGCAAAGGGGAGCUUGUAUUGUUGACUGUUUCAAACUGUUUACAAAAUAGCAACUCAUUUGCAUGGGUUUUCCCUGAAUGGUGAUCUGCAAAGAAGCAGAAACACUUUGGGUUUUAUAUAUUGUUUUUAACGUACUUAAAAGCACGCUCGAAACUAAUUGCUUUGAGAUAGAAAUGGUUAUCCUUGACUCUUUCUCUUUGGAAAUAUCAAGAAAGUCAGGCUGUGUCACUCCUAGUUUUGUUGGAAGGCUGACUGGAGGUUUCAGGCAGGUGCCAUGAGCUCUUAAGAAAAGAACUCACUGGUGAAUAUUCAGUUGGAUUCUUGUGAUUGGACCGUGCAGGCUUUUGUUUCCAAGGUAGUGAAACACAGCUGACAUCUGUCACAAUCCCUGCUGCUGCUUGUGUUUCAUAGCCUUUUCUUUUUGAAAGGUGUCUGUCAAAUAGAUCCCGACUAGCUCUGCCAAGUUCCUUUCUAAGUGUAUGUUUUUACAUAGCUGUGUUUUGGUUUUAGAAAGGAAAAUGCUACAAGAUGCAACCUGAAACUCUAUGACAAGUUUUAGCCUGAACUUGGCACCUCAUCUGUGCUAUUGUGCAGUCGAGGCACUGAAGUUGCCAAUUUCUCAUAAUUAAUAUGAAGGGUGGGGAAACAAAACAGCUUUUAGAGAUUUUUAUCUUGACUAACUAUCCCAGAAUUUUUUGUUGUUGUUACCUGUAGUUUCAUGUUAAGCUUUACAGUUCACAACUGCUGAAAUAUUGAACUUUUUGUGUUUAGCAAUUCCAGGGUUUAUAGAGGUGUUGGGUCAGAUUGGUUGUUCCAACACCCAGCUGCUCCUGGGACUGUCUGCUGCCACUGACAAGGCAAUGUGGGUGAUGAAUUUGAGCAGGCUUUCCAAUCUUCACACGGUUGAAGCUGAAUGCUGUCUGACCUCCUUCACAGGUGCAGAGUGGCUCCUUCAAAACAUGAAGCUUCUGCUACUUGUGCAUUUCUGCAGAGUGUGGUACUGCCAGGAUCUGCUGCUGAACUUGUUGUCUCUGUGUCAGUUUGGUAGGAGUGGUAAAAGUUAUCAGAGCAAUACUCCAUUGGUGUGCCAGAACAGUCAGAGCCACUGCCGGCUUCUAAGGAAGAAAGGUAUGAGUAAAACAAGGCAUGCAUGUGUAAUAGAUGAAGGUACGGAUGCCAGGGUUCAACAACAUAACUUAGAGCUGUAGCAGCAAUUAGAAACUGUAUGGAUAAAGGAAUGCUGCAUCUUUAAAAUGCGUGAAGGCUUGAGAAUAUGUGGUUGUUUCUGGCUUUGCUUAUUUCAGAGCUCAAAGCUGAUGUAGCUGAAGUGUUGGAGAGGUUAAGUUUCCCAUGGCCAGCCUCUGAAAGAGGCCAGAAUUGAGGAGGUGUGAUGUUUGCAGCAAGGCUUAAGAGUUGAACUAAAUGAAACCAAAACUGCCCUUAAGGUUGGACAAACCCUUUGAGGAGCUGAUCAAGACACCAGUAUUGUUCUGUGGGUAUGAAUUAAUAGCAGACUUAGGGAGCUGUGUGUCCCUGUGGCACCUGGGUGUGUUGCUGCUUGACUAGUUACCGGUGGGAGGAUGGAUGCUAAGUUCAUUAUGCUUGCAGAAGCAUUGAUUUAUCCCAAUUUUUACCAAACCUGCAAAAAUCUUGAAUGAUCAGUGCUUGUGAAUCAGAAUAUGUGUAGUCAAGUCUCCAGGCCAGAGGAGUCUCUGUGUUAAGAAAGCUUCCUGGGCAGAAACCUUCCUUUUCCGUGGCCAAAGGUUAACAGGCUGAUGGAUCUGCUCUGUAAGAAAGGGAGAGGUCCCUGAGCAUAUUGGAAUAUAAGUUUUUGUUUUAAUAAAAAGUUAAUUUUGUGAAGAAAUACUCCUGGGAGUAAGGAUUUACUACUCCUGGGAAUAAGGAUUUACAGGUUCAGGUCCUGUGUUUGCAUCUCUGGUGUUCACGCUGUGACUAGUAAAGAUAUGCCAUAUGUAAGUGUCUCAUAAUAUGGCCAAAGGAACAUUUGGAAGCCUGUGAAAUCGAGAAGUAAGGAAAUGAAGCAGGAGGUGGUUCUUGCAAUGCAGUGUGUGUUCCUUAUAACUCUUGUAGCUCUUUGCCCUAUCCAUUGAUCAAGACAAUCUUCUGCCUUUUGAUAUUCCACGACUCUUGAAAUCUAGCUAGCUAUUUAUUUAAAUGUAUAUAAUUUAUAAUUUUGUCAUCAAAACACUGAUUUUUUUUUUUAAUAGAGAUGUACUAUAUGGAAGUUUGUUCUCAGGGCUUCGUCUUCAUACUCAGUGGGGGGGUGCACUUAAAGGGAUGUAUUCAGAUGAAAUGCCAGCAGCCACUUUGCAGCUUGGACCUCGGUUAGUUGUAACCUGUGAGACUGAGAUGGCAUAACGCUCCUGUUAAACCUCUAGGUACAGUCCAAAGAAAAUGCCAUUCUUUUCUCUCUGUGUGAGCAGUGACAUGAGUCUUCCUUUAGGACUGCUGCAUCACUGCAUGGGAAUGGCUGCACCAGAUUAUCCACCCCUUUCACAGUCUGAUCUUUACCACCAUUUCAAGGACACCUCUAGAGAUGGAUGUUCAUAUCCAAGACACUCGGGGGGUUAUGGUAAUCCUUUGUAGUUGAGACUGUUAGUUCCAUUUGACAUUCAGCAGUUCACACGCUGAGGACCUCGAAUAUAUUUUGCAAGUUGUUUAAAUAAGCAUUGCACCAAAUGAAUGUAUUAUAACACUGUCAGCAGAUGUUGCCUGUGGGCGAGAUAUGGAGGUUCCCAGUGACUUCAGCAGAAAUUUUCUUGAAGUAGAGUGAGUGUUUCAUCCAAAGUUAUCCCCCAUUUUUCUACUUUCAGUAAGUAGCGUUUUAAUUAACUGUCAGAAUAGCAGCACUUGGAGUUGGGUCUUUCCAUCUAGUUGUAAGUCAUUGUGCUUUGAGGCAUAAGCAGACCACUGACUGUGUCCUCUCCUCUGGGACAAUUGUUUUGCUGUCAGAAUUAGGACAGGUUGGCAAGCAGUGUACAUUGUGUCUAUGUGAAUGUGUUCUCAUGGAGGUUGUUCUCAGCUGUGUCCUGAUAUCUAAGUAUAACAAAAGGGGGUUUGAAGGGCCUCUUUCCCUAAAGAUCUUCGAUGCAGAUCCCGUUUGCAGCAUGUGAACUUCAGUGAAUACAGAUGCAUUCAAUUCUUUCUGAAUUUAAAUAGAGUUUUAUAUCAUGUUCUGGGGAGAGGGAAGAAGUUGAAUCAUGUUUUAAAUGUAGCCCCACCAAACAAAGGGUCUUUGCAGUGGAUAUCAGAGGCCUGUAGAGAUCCUUCAUUUGCAAGUUUUUAUCAUAGUUUAACAGCCUGUACAAGAAUGUGAUUUGCCAUUCUGCCCUUAACCACAAAGCAGCACCAGUAAAACUCUUCUGCAAGGUACUGACUUGAGCGUUUUUCAUUUCACCCAUGUAUAAAACCAUGAGAUAUGGCAUCUGAUAAGUUUUACAUGAAGCUGACACUGGUGUGUGGCAUGCACAGCUGUUUCUAAGAUGUAACGUUACUUUUCUGAAGCUUAACUAGGGCGGACAUCACUGAGCCUGUGGAAUUCGGGGUUCAUUCUGGACACGCUGAUGUGGGUCAUUGACUUCUCCGUGGCUGAGGAGCCCAGCAGCAGCUUUGCUUCAAUACAGAGCCCUUCAAACAGCAAGUAAGAAUUGCUACUGACUUGGUUUUCAUCUGAAUGUUUGCUGUUGUCUAUUGAAAUAUUAGAGGUUAUUGAGGUCAAUAGCUAAGCCAGACCUGUUCAGAUUGGAACAGUUAUGUACCUUUAGCACGUGGAGAAGUCAUACCCAUGAGCAAGACUAGAAUGAAUGCUGAGUCUUUAAGCCUGCUCACACAUACACACUAAAGACACUGAUGUUAUGUGUGCUGUAAAUUUAUAAUAUAACUUAAAAAUAAAGGUUUUUUGAUUUAUUA